UCUUGUACAGGGGCUUAGGUGUGGGACAGAGGGAGUUGACAGCCUGUACAAGGGAUGGGAUGUGAGGAAGAGGGGGCUAAGAUUCUGCACAGGGACAGAGCUGUGAGAUAUAGAGGACUGAGAUCUUGUACAGGGGCUUAGGUGUGAGACAGAGAAGGACUGAGAACCAGUAUAGGACUGAGGUGUGAGGGAGAGGGUCUGAGAAUCUGUACAAGGGCUGGGAUGUGAGACAGAGGGGGGCUGAGAGCUGGUACAUGGACUGGGUGUGAGGGGGCUGAUACAAUGAGCAAGCUGUAUUUGAGGGAGUGAGGAAUUGAUGAAGUACAGUCUGUGUGUUAGGGUGAUGGGUACAAGUCUGACCUGUUUAUACUAAUUGUAUAUUUAUUACUAUAUGUGAUGGGGUCACAGGAAGUCAGUCUGCAUUGUUGCCCCAAACAGGAUGUGAUAUAACUGGGAAAAAGUUUGCUAAAAAAUAUCAGCCGGAUUACAAGUUUUGAGUGCUAAAGGGAAAUUAACGUCCACAACAUUUUCACCGUUAUUUCACUCCCCUAAAUCGCUGCUAUUACAAGUUCAGAAAAAAAACAGGCUUGUGCGGGAGAUAUGGAUGCGUUGAGCUCCAUACCGCACCGAAAUCAAGCGCUGCUUUGACAUGCUCGUGCACGAUUUCCCCAUUAGACAUAAAUGGGGAGAACCGGCAAAAAAAAAGCCUAACACCUGCGAUCGCGGAGCGAAAAGCUCCGUAACGCAGCCCCAUUGAUGUCUAUGGGGAAAAAAAAAGUAAUAUUUAAACCUGACAUAAACCCAGAGUCUAAACACCCCUAAUUUGCUGCCCCUAACAUCGCCGCCACCUACAUUAGUUAUUAACACAGGUAUAUAAUAUUAUAGAGUUAUUCCCAUUGCCUCGCACACAAACACCUCCCUGGUGCAUUAUACACAGAUAAAUAUUAUUAGGUUUCCUAUGCCUCACACACACCCUCCUUCCAGUACCUUAUCCGAGUAGCAGCUAGAUCCACUGCAGCUAAGGACCCUUGAAGUGAACGCACAGAAGUCACGUGACUGUAGUGACAUCAUCAGUCAUUCAGCCGGGACUGGAUCUAGCUGCUACCAGGUGUCACAUUUAUAGCAUCUAACUCAGUCACUGACAAAGAACAAGAUGAAGAAAUACAGGAAGCAGAUAGCAGAGCAGUUCCUGAGUCAGGCCCUGGGCAUCAUCUGCCUGCUGACCGGAGAGGAAUACACCAUUGUGAAGAAGAGGCCCUCCCACAGCAGCGUUCAACAGCUGAGCGGAGAGGUGCCUAUAAAGUGUGAUGAUGUUGCUGUGUAUUUCUCUAUGGAGGAGUGGGAGUAUAUAGAGGGACACAAGGAGCUUUACAAGGACGUCAUGAUGGAGACUCACCAAGCACUAAGGACUAAGGAGAUCCCAGGAAAUGAGAGCUCAGAACUAACAGGUCACAGAGAUAAAAAUCUAUACACAGGAGCACAUAGAGUACAGAAUAUUCAGCCAGUGGAGACCCCAUCAGACAUCUCUGCAGAACUAACAGGUCGCAGUGAUGAAAAUCUACACACAGGAGCACAUGGAGACCUUGUACAGAAUAUUCAGCCAUCUGAUGUCUCUGCAGAUGACAUUAAUACUGAUGUAGAUGUUAAAACAGAAGAUCUGAGUGUAAUGUGUCAGCUGGAAGCUCCAAUGCAGGAAUUGUGUGACCGUGACAAUGAAGUUGAAAACGAUGCUAAGAUUUCAUGUAACAUGGGACAAACAGAAGAUCAGUGGCUAAGAAAUCUCCAACCAUCAGAGCAGGAAAUUUGUGCCAAUAUAAGUACAGGUGAAUUCACAAACUGCAAUAAUCCUAGUCAUGAUCAGAGUGCAGAUGCUUCUUUACAUCUUCUUCAAAAUCAAAGAAGCCAUGUGGAAAAUGUAUGUUAUGAAAGUGGGAAAUGUUUUCUUAAGAAAUCACAUCUUUUUAAACAUCUAAAGAUUCAUACAGGAGAAAAGCCAUUUUCCUGUCCUAUAUGUGGGAAAUGUUUCAACCAUAAAAGAAGUCUUGUUGCUCAUCAGAAAAAUCAUACAGGAGAAAAAGAAUUUUCAUGUUCUGAAUGUGGGAAAUGCUUUACUCAGAAAUCAAAUCUUAUUCGUCAUCAGAAAAUUCAUACAGGGGUGAAAGGAUUUUCAUGUUCUGACUGUGGGAAAUGUUUUACUCAGAUAUCAACUCUUCUUAUGCAUCAAAAAAUUCAUACAGGGGAAAAAGGAUUUCCAUGUUCUGACUGUGGAAAAUGUUUUAUCCUGAAAUCAUAUCUUAUUAGGCAUCAGAAAAUUCAUACAGGGGAGAAAGCAUUUUCAUGUUCUGACUGUGGGAAAUGUUUUACUCUGAAAUCAACUCUUAUUAUGCAUCAGAAAAUUCAUACAGGGGAGAAAGCAUUUUUAUGUUCUGACUGUGGGAAAUGUUUUACUCUGAAAUCAACUCUUAUUAUGCAUCAGAAAAUUCAUACAGGGGAGAAAGCAUUUUCAUGUUCCGAAUGUGGGAAAUGUUUUACUCGGAAAUCACAUCUUCUUAGCCAUGAGAAAACUCAUACAGGAGAAAAAGCAUUUUCGUGUUCUGACUGUGGAAAAUGUUUUACUCGGAAAUCAACUCUUCUUAUGCAUCAGAAAAUUCAUACAGGGGAGAAAGCAUUUUCAUGUCCUUACUGUGGGAAAUGUUUUACUCUGAAAUCAAAUCUUAUUACACAUCAGAAAAUUCAUACAGGGGUAAAGGGAUUUUCAUGUUCUGACUGUGGGAAAUAUUUUACUCGGAAAUCAACUCUUCUUAUGCAUCAGAAAAUGCAUACAGGAGAAAAAGCAUUUUCGUGUUCUGACUGUGGGAAAUGUUUUACUCAGAAAUCAAAUUUUAUUAGGCAUCAGAAAACUCAUGUUAAAAGAAAUCAAAGUUUAACCUCCUAAGUGCAGAUGAAUAAUAUGGUAGUUGUCACCCACACAAUACCAAGUGCUGAUGAUGACUGCAUGUGACCCCCUAGGGCGUGCAGUUUUGGAGCUGUUUGAGGUCCCUUCUGCACCUCAAGCGUUUGAGGUGACACCAGGGUAGAUUUGAUUUAAUGUUAUGAUUUAAAUCACUAGUCUGUAAGACCGAUUUAAAUCAUUGUUUUCAUUUUUAGAAUAAGUUUUCAGAUUAUUUUUUUAUAGUUAUACCAGGCUAUUACUAAAUUGGUUAUAUAUCAUUAGAUAUGCAUAGAUAGAUCAUUGAAAUGAAAUAAAUUAUUUGGAGGUGAAUUAUCUCCAGUUAAAUUGGUUAAUCAUUCACAUUUGAUAAACUUUUCAACUGUACUUUAUUGGUAGGAGGAAAAUUAUUACAUUAAUAAUAAUAGAAAUAGUUUUAUUUUACUAAAACAAUAAAAUUAUUUUUAAUCCUUGCCCCUCCCUCCUCACACUUAGGGCCUUGCCCAGAGGCAGAACUUUUUUUCACUUUCUGCGAUGAGAUUUUUUUUUAAAUGAAAUUCGAUUUUAAAUUAGGCAG